UUUCGAACACUGCAACGGUCAAUUGACGAGCACUGUGAUAUCGUCUGGAGCUGUUGCUAUCUUGGCUGCACUCUCUCUCUCUUUCGGCUCUCUAAACUCUCUCAUGGAGGAAAGGGAGAUCUCCUGAAGGCUCAGGGAUGACGAUGGAGGCCGUCUCGGUGAGCGCGGUCUCGUGGCUUCUGCUAGUUUUUCUCUCUGCCUCCAUCUGUAGAGCAACAGACGUUUCUCUCCAACUCAACGACGACGUCCUUGGCCUCAUCGUCUUCAAGUCGGGAAUUCACGACCCCAACUCCGCUCUGAACUCAUGGAAUGAGGACGACGACACGCCCUGUUCCUGGAGCUUCGUCAAAUGCGAUGCUACCAACGGCCUGGUCUCCGAGGUUGCGCUCGACGGGCUCGGCUUGUCGGGGAAGAUCGGAAGAGGCCUGGAGAAAUUGCAGAACCUCCGGGUUUUAUCUCUUUCCCGGAACAAUUUCUCUGGGAACCUCAGCCCGGAGUUGGCUCGGAUAGGGAGCCUCAACAGCCUGAAUUUGAGCUAUAAUGGUUUUACCGGCAGCAUUCCGGCCGGUUACGGGGCGAUGAAAUCGAUCAGGGUUCUGGAUUUCUCCGAGAACCUGCUUUCGGGGCCAGUCCCCGACCACCUAUUCGAGAAUUGCACUAUAAUCAGGUUCAUUUCUAUCGGAGGCAAUCUUUUCGCCGGCAGCUUGCCAAAGGUGCUGAGCAAAUGCGUGGGUUUGGGGUCUUUGAACGUUUCAGGGAAUCGUCUUUCUGGUUCUCCAGAUUUUGUUAAUGGGCUUUGGAUGCUGAAUCAGUUAAGGAUGCUCGAUCUUUCUAGCAACGCUUUUGGCGGUCCCGUUCCGGCCGGCAUAUCUGGUUUACAUAAUCUUAAGGAGCUUUACUUGCACAAGAAUCAAUUCUCUGGCCCAUUGCCACCUGAUAUUGGCUCCUGCAUUCAUUUGGUUCAUAUGGAUCUGAGUAGUAAUCUGUUCACAGGGGAAGUGCCCAGUCUGUUCCAAGGGCUCAGUUCUCUGUCUUACAUUGAUUUAUCAAGAAACAAGCUAAACGGUAAUGUGCCAACAUGGAUAGGCAGCCUUAGCAAUCUGCAGUUCUUGGAUUUUUCAGGUAAUUAUAUGAAUGGAAGCCUGCCUCCCUCACUGGGCGACCUGAAACAAUUGCAGCAUUUGGGUCUUUCCGAAAACAGGUUUUCCGGUGAGAUCCCCGGGAGGAUCGCCGAGUGCAACAAGCUUUCAGAGUUGAGCUUGAGGAAUAAUGACUUCAUUGGAAACAUUCCUCCAGGUCUCUUUCAACUUGGUCUCGAGCAAAUCGACCUAGCAUCUAACGACCUUUCUGGUUCGAUUCCUUCAGGCUCCACUCAGUUCUUUCAGUCUCUUCGUGCACUCGACCUCUCAAAUAACAACCUGACAGGUGAAAUACCUGUCGAGAUGAGCUUCUGCACCAACAUGAAGUACCUGAACCUGUCAUGGAACAACUUGCGGUCGAAGUUGCAUCCAGAGUUUGGAGAUUUGAAGUCUCUUUCGCAAUUGGAUCUGCGUCACACAGGCUUAUAUGGUUCAAUCCCAAGCGAAUUGUGUGAUGCCAAUGCAUUGGUAGUCCUUCAACUGGAUGGGAAUUCUUUAACCAAUCCAAUCCCGAAAGAGAUUGGAAACUGUUCAUCCUUGACUUAUCUGAGUUUAUCUCACAACAGCUUAGAUGGGCCCAUUCCAAUGGAGUUAUCCAAGCUAAGAAAACUUUUAAUACUAAAUCUUGCUUACAACAAGCUGAGCGGAGAAAUUCCAGAGCAACUUGGGGGCUUGGUCAAUCUGUUGGUAGUCAAUCUUUCAUAUAACAAGCUUACAGGGAAACUCCCAAGGGGAAGCAUAUUCCAAAACUUGGAUCCCAGUUCACUAGAAGGAAAUGUUGGUCUUUGUUCCCCAAAAUUGUCACAGAAAUGCCAAAUGAAUGUUCCCAAGCCGUUGGCCCUGAAUCCGGUGGAGUACAACAAUGGAAAUGGCAAUGCAAGGUCGGGCUCCAUCUCUCAGAAAUUCAAGCACAAAAGAUUUUUAACAGUAUCAGCCAUGAUUGCAAUAUGUGCUGCUGUUGUCAUUGCUGUAGGUGUUGUCAUGGUUACCUUGCUGAACGUGACAGCUAGGAGAAGGAGAGAGUUUCCGCAGGCGGCAUCGGAAAGUCUCUGUUCAAGUACCCCCAAGGCUAGUUCUGCCAUGGGUAAGCUAGUUCUGUUCAGUUCUGCUGCAGAUUCAAACUCUGAAGAUUGGGUGAACAAUGCUCAGUCCCUGUUGAACAAAGCUUCUGAGAUAGGAAAGGGUGUUUUUGGGACAGUAUACAGAGCUUGUGUAACAGAGGGGAGCGAUGUAGCCAUUAAGAAGCUCAUCACUUCAAAUAUUGUACAGUCUCAGGAUGAUUUUGACCGAGAGGUUCAGAUUCUGGGGAAGGUAAGACACCCAAAUUUGAUUAGCCUCAAAGGGUACUACUGGACUCCUCAGCUACAGCUGCUCAUCUCUGAGUUUGCUGCUAAUGGAAGUCUUCAUGACAGAUUACAUGAGGAUUCUGUUUCCCGUUGGCCUCCACUCUCAUGGGCGCAGCGCUUUAAGAUUGCUCUUGGCACAGCUAAAGGCCUAACCCAUCUUCACCAAUCCUACAGGCCACCAAUUAUACACUACAACAUCAAGCCAAGUAAUAUAUUACUUGAUGAGAGCCUCAAUCCAAAAAUCUCAGACUUCGGUUUAGCAAGGCUUCUUCCCAAGCUUGACCAGCAUAUACUGAGCAGCAGGUUUCAGAGUGCAUUAGGCUAUGUUGCACCUGAAUUAGCAUGCCAAAGUUUAAGGAUCAAUGAGAAAUGUGAUAUUUAUGGAUAUGGGAUACUUGUACUGGAGCUGGUGACGGGCCGAAGGCCGGUAGAAUAUGGAGAAGAUGAUGUUCUGAUCCUGUGUGAUUAUGUCAGGAGUUUGAUUGAGCUGGGAAAUCCUAUGGAGUGUGUAGAUCCAAGGAUGAGCGAGUGCCCAGAAGAGGAGGUGUUACCGGUGUUGAAGUUGGGCUUGGUUUGCACAUCCCAAAUACCUUCAAGCAGGCCUUCCAUGGCUGAAGUUGUGCAGAUACUGCAGGUUAUCAAGACCCCACUUCAGGAGAGGAUGGAGAUUUUCUGAGAGACCAAGAAGGACCACGAUCUCUACCCUGCGACCUUUGUUUGUUCAUCACUCACCCUUAAUGUUAAUGCCAUGUGCUUAAUCUCCUCACUCUUUUCUCUCUUCCUUUAUUCUUGUCUUCUGCUUUAACUCUGCUCAUUAUGCUUGUUCA